UAGGUGAGCACACUUUUGUACAGGCAGGAGUUGGUCGCCUAGUGUGACGUAAUUCAUGAGACUCCAGAGCAACAUGGCGGCCGCCGGCACGAAAUCGGUUCUGUUCGUUUGUCUGGGGAAUAUUUGCAGGUCACCCAUUGCUGAAGCUGUGUUUAGGAAGAUGGCAACAGAUGCUGGGGUGGUUGAUAAGUGGGUCAUAGACAGUGGCGCCACAUCUGACUGGAAUACAGGCAGCUCACCGGACAGCCGCGGUCUGGCCUGUCUGAAGAAGCAUGGCAUUAAGACAAGCCAUAGGGCUCGACAGGUGACCAAAGAUGACUUCAUAAGUUUCGAAUACAUACUCUGCAUGGAUGAGAGCAACCUGAGUGACUUGAAAAGGAAGGCCAACUCUGUGAAAAACUGCACAGCAAAGAUUGAGCUUCUCGGUUCAUACGAUCCCCAGAACCAGCUGAUCAUCAAAGACCCAUAUUAUGGAAGCGAUGAAGACUUUGAAAAGGUGUAUGAACAGUGUCUACGCUGCUGCAAAGCAUUUCUGGAGAAGAACUCCUAACAGGAUCCCACCAUGAAGCUCAUUUACUCAAAUCUUACAGAAGAUCGUUAAUAAUCAAUCAACCCUGAUACAUCGUGGUUGUCACAAAAGUAAUUAUCAAUACAACUGUAUUGUGACUGUCACCAAAAGACCACGACAAGGCUAUGUUACAGUAUUGUAGAUGUUAUACCAGUGACAUUGUAGUGCUUCUUCUACAGCUUUACAUGGAUCAUUAAUUAAAGUGAAUCAAAUAUUUUAAAAA